UCUCUCCUACAACGCUGGGAUCAGCGCGUGCGAGAAGGGCGGGCAGUGGCAGCGGGCGCUGGCGCUGCUGAGCGAGAUGUGGGAGGCGAAGGUCGAGCCUACCUUUAUCAGCUACAACGUUGGGAUCAGCUCGUGCGAGAAAGGCAAGCAGUGGCAGCGAGCUCUAGGACUGCUCAGCGAGAUGCGUGAG